AAAAAACUUCAACCAACGUUUGACAGCUCGCGCACAGAGAGGAGCAAAAAUCGAAUAUGGCUGCCGUGUCGUGGUGGUGUGUCGAAGAAGAAAAAUUUCGCAGCCGAUCCCGAUCGCCGUCGUCGUGAUUUUUUCUCGCAACGAGUCGUUGUGUUCCCCCGUCGUGGAAGUCGUCGCCAACUCCGGUGUCCGUUCCGUCGUCGGUCGUAGCUGGCUUUGCGGCCCCGGUGUUUCCCCAGGAAUUUGCGGAUUGCGUGUGGCAUCGAUUCUUCGCACAAGAGGAAGAUUUUUUUUUUGCUGGCCGCCCCAAAGUGAAGAAGAGCAAAGAAAAGAGGUGCCGUGCCGCCCGUGUGUCGUCGUUGGCCGUGCCCCGAAGAAGAGGCCACUGGGUGGAAAAAGAGGCCGUGCCUGCUGCGGGUCGAUUUUGGAGCUGGAGCCGAUCCCGGAACAUCCGGGGAAAGGUUGCACCUGGUUCGUGGACGCGAUUUCUUGCAGGAGAAGCUACAUCGAAGUUUGGACCUCUUUUGGAAUCGUCACGAUAGUUUGCAGGAAAGAAGCAUUUCCCGAUCGAUUUCUCCUGGAAACCCUGCGGAACAAGUUCCGGCACUUGGUCCCUCAUCGGUUCCCUUUGUCCGCGACCCCGAACGCCGUUUCUGUUUACCCUAGAGGAAGCAAAAAGUGCGAUCCGGAGUGAAAUCUGUCAAACAAAAUUUUCAACCUAUCAAAAUUUGUUUACAAAUCCAGUUCCACCGGAGCAAUCCACCCCGCGACCGGAACCGAUUCCCGUGCCGAGGAAACCCCUUCGAGAAGAAAAGUGUCAAAUCCACCUAAAAGGCAUCAAUAAGCAUAAAAGCAAAAGCAAAAAGAAAAAAAAAUCCCGAAGAAAAUAUGCUGCGCGAUGAACGGAAGAAAAUUCCGCUGAAGAGCACCAGCAGCAACACUUUUGUGUGAGCAAACGGGAAGGAAAAUCAACAAACACCGUACCACGGGGGCAGGCAGUGCGAGCGAGAGCGAACCGAACAAAUCUCGCGAAAUCGGAAAUUUUUGACAGUUGCGGGAGAGAGUGACAGCAAGCGUGUGCGUGUGUGUGGUUGUGUGUGCGGCGCCGCGCCGAUAACACAACAAACAACAACAAAAACAGAGAGAGCGCGGAGAGGAGAGAAGAGUGUGCGAUUAGGGUGGUGUUAUUUCUGGGAGAGUGAGAGAAGAUAAAUAAAGGAAGGAAGAAUAAAAAAGUGUUGCACGAAAUCUGCGAAUGUUUUUUUCUGGAAAAAUAGUGUUGUUGUUGCUGAAGAAUUUAUUGUGGUUUUCCUUGAAGGGAGAAAUUGUGGUUUUGAAGGAGAUUAUGAGUGGUGUUUGAAGAAGAGAAAAGUUUUGUGUGUUGAGGGAAAGAAUUAGCUUUGGUUUGUGGAAAAAGGAUUACAGUGUUUGUUUAGGAAGUUUCUAUAAGAAGAAAAAUAAACGUGCCGUGUCCGCAAGUGUGCCAAAAGAAAAAAAUAUAAUAAAAUAUCGCGCAGUGCGUGCGUGUCCUCGUCCGAGGACCCAUCCAUCCACCGGGAGUGCAUUCGAGCACUCCACACCCCUUCCUUUUUCCUUCGCGACCCCCGGUUCCCCCCAAAAGCCGUAACAAUUCCGAAAAACAAGAAGAAAGCGGCGAUGGCCGAACACUCCACCGUCGGCAGCACCCAACCCAACAGCAGCACCACAUCGUCGGCGUCGUCAAAGACCGGCGGCGGCGGACUGCACUCGAACAAAUCCCUGGACAUGACGUCGGCGAGUUCGGCCGGAGGAGGAGGAGGAGGAGGGAAGAGCAGCAGCAAACACUCGAACGUGAUUCACCGGACCACGAGUGAGAGUUUGCGGUUAGGAGGGGCGGCUGGCGCCGGAGGUGGGGGAGGGGACAGUUCUGGGGGUUCUGGGACGCCUUCGGCGUCGUUGAUGAACUCUUCGUCGGCGGCGUCGAUCAACAGCGUGUCGAGGAAAGCGGCCAGCGUUGCUGGCGGUGGGGGAGGGAAGCCGUCGUCGUCGUUUAUGAUCACGUCGGUGACGGUGGGGGCGCGGACGAGCGCCGAUAACGGGGACGAUUCGGCUGAUGAUUUGGACGAGUCCCACACGGACGACAACAGCCGGAUAACGGACUUUGAGAACGAGACGCCGUCCUUUUCGGAGGACACAUUUAGCAAGGAGGACGUUUUCUUUGCGGCGAAUGCGCUGGGGAACGUGCCGGUCAUUCCGACGAGUUCACAGUACGGGUUGGCCAUCGUGGCACCGACGGAUCGUGGCCACGGGUCGGAAGGGUUGUCGGAUGCAAUGCACGUGAGUGUGACCGACGCUGGGAUUAAUAUUAUGGGGCAUUCUAAGGAAGAUGGGAAGGAUUCCCACCACAGGAACGAGCGGUUCAAGGUAGUGAAGAUCGAGAGUACGGAACCGUUUAAGCGGGGUCGCUGGGUUUGCAUGGACUAUUUGGACCACACGACGCUGCAGGCUUCGCCGAAGGAGAGCGGAACGUCGGAAGGUGGUGAAACCUCGACGGCUUCGACGAUCGUCGAUUCUAAUGCUAUCCGGACGCAGGACAGCGGUGUGGUGUUGAACGACAACAGCUACGGAACAACCGGACCGUCCGAGGGCGACAACGCUGACUAUCAUACUCACCUGGCUGCGGCCUCCGCUGCCACAAACCCCGUCGUCGGAAUGCUAAACAAUGAAUCUCCUGGCCAAAGCUUGAACCUGGCUCAGCCGACGACCUCCCAGCAGCAGCAGCAGCAAGCUAGUCACGCUCAAACCGCUGCCGCCGCAGCAACAGUUCCGCACAGUCUGCCCCAGACGCAACUCGCGAACGCACUGGCCGGAGCGCAAGCCCCGCAACCGGCCGCGAUUCCACCCCAGCAGCCCCAACCCCAAUACUACCCUCACACCAUGUCCAACCUGGCGGACAUUACCCAGCAACAGCCGGCAGGCGGUCACCAGCACGGCGUCACGCUGCCAACCAGCAUUCAAAUGCAGCCCCAGCCGCAGCAACCCAGCAACAAUCCAGCUACGGUUCUUCCAGCCGCCGCUCCGGCGGCCGUGGCCACAUCACAAGAGAUGAACAUCGUCGUCAGCAACACCCAGCAAAUGAGCUUCCCCUCGCCGCAACAAUUCCAGCAACAACAGCAACCCUCCCAGACCAACUCCCCGGUCGUAGCCACUGGCGGCGGCGGCAACGAACAAGACCCUGCCGCCGUCCUGUCACCUUCCUCUUCCGUGGCUGCCCCACCAGCCCCAACCCCUUCUCAACCGCUCGAUUCCGCACCCCCCACAACGGAACCCCUCGUGUCCGCUUCACCGGCCGCCACAUCAUCGCCAAUCACGGCAACGGCCGAACCCAGCGCCAGCACCAACAGCGCACCCUCAAUGGCGGCUGCCGUGGCCGCCGCAGUUGGUUCGCCCUCGACCAGUGCCAGCUCGCACGCCACGAUAGCGGCAGCGGCUGCCGCGGCCGCUGCAACGGCCGUCACCAGCGAUCACCUGACGGAGUCGAACCUGCUGUCGGCCGUGGCCGGUGUGACCGCAGCGGCGGUGGCCGCGGCUGGCGGCGGAGAUGGCGAAGGAGACAAGACCGGCGAGGAUGGCGAAAGCCUCGGCCGGAUACAACCGGUGACCGAUCCGACGACGACCGUCCCCUCGUCGGCCCCGACGACAACGCCGGUCCCGGCGAUCCCGGAACGAACCCUGACGACCAGUAGUCUCCAGCAGCACCUGCAGCAGAACAUACCACUAGACCGCAGUAGAAUCCCCAGUAGUAGUGCUAGUAGCGUUAGUAGCGUUAGUGUUAACCGGAACAAUACCUUUACCGACCUGGCCCUGGGCCGGACCAUCCAGGACCUGAUGCGACCCGGGGUGGCCGGUGGUCAGCCGACGUCGUCCACGACCGCCGCCGCCGGUGGCGAAGUGCUCUGCAGGACGGCCUGUAACUUGCUGAACAACGGUGCGCACAGUAUCGCGACCUGUACGACCACCUACCCGCACCGUUGUGUUCAGGACUUGAUCAAGGAGGAAAUGGGCGGGGGUUCCCGGACGCCGGGAACCCUCAGCCAGGCCGGCAGUCUCGUUAACAUCCACAUCGAGUCCGAACUGCAGCAGCACGCGGCCACCGGCGGCGGUGGGGGCUUCCAGUCGCACCCCAAUUCCGGUCGGUCCAGUCCGGCCCACACCAUGUUCCACCACGGUGGGUCACCCCCGAAGCACCUGAGUGCGAUCGGGCACUCGAUGAGCAUACCGAGCAGUACCCGGGUCAGCCGGGCGCCGUCCCCUUCGUUCCUGCACGCGGCCGUCGCAGAGCACUCAAGUGCAUCUGGGACAAGUGCAGUUGCAAUUGACAACAAGAUCGAGCAAGCUAUGGAUCUCGUCAAGUCGCACCUGAUGUUCGCCGUCCGCGAGGAGGUCGAAGUGCUCAAGGAGAAAAUCUCCGAGCUGAUGGACCGCAUCAACCAGCUCGAGUACGAGAACAACAUCCUCAAGCAGAACGCCUCGCAGGAAACGCUCUCCCAGCUGACCCCGUCCGGAACGCCGAGCGCCGCGCAGAGUGCCCAGACCACGGCGGGAGCGGCCGCCGCGUCCGUAGCGGCAGCCCUCACACCGCUGGCCAAAAGCCAGGCGGCAGCGGCAGCUUCAGCGAGCUCGGCGGCGGCCGCGGCAGGCACCCCCACGGUCAACCCCAACGCGAACGGUUCCGUGUCCUAGAUGCUCCGGGAGUUGUUGCGUCGCCACCAGCACCAGCAGCAGCAGCCAUGAUACACCGUUAAGAAGCCUCACUAGGAGCUGCUACUCCUCGCCGCCGGCGGCGCCACCAGCAGCAGCAGCAAACUGACGACGGCACACGUGCCCAAAAGCGUUCCGCAAUCCGGAACCGUCUCCGGAGAGGACACUAGAACGACGACGACGAGGAGCACCAGAACCCCGCGCGGCCGCCGUGCCGAAGCACUCUGAAAAGCCAAACUCUAGUAGCAAUGCCCACACUAUUAAGCGGAAAAUAACCAGUAUCAAAUUAGGCACCAGCGCGGAACAAGAAGAUGAAGCAAAACAGAAGAAUAUUCGCAUAGAAUUACUACUACUACUUGGCAAAAGGUAAGACGCUUCAUUCAUUCUCAAACAAAUUCCUAAUAAGCUAGAAAUUUUAGAGAGACACACCCACAAACAAACACAUACAGACACACACAUUGAUACGCAAAGCGCAUGUGGAAAUAUAUCCAGAGAUUGGUGUUACAGAAAGUAAAUAUUUGAUGGGAAAGCCAAAAACCUUUAAAAAAAAUUAACGCACGUUACUGUUUUUCUUUUCGAGCGCGUGCGCUGGCCAAACUAGAGCCGAUGUAUCAAAUACAGCAAAACAGUCAAACUAAUCCUCGUACAGCCCAAUUAUCACUGCGCUGGCAAGGGCGGAGAGAUGGGGAGAUGGCGCUGCCAGCGCGCGCGCCUCAAACGCUAAACAGAACUGAGAUAUAUCGUAAAGAAAAUGUGAUUAAAUCCGCUGUCGUUUUUAUUAAGAUUUAUUUUGUGGUACAUUUUGUGUUUCGAAAAUUUCGGCCUUUGCGGACGACCCCCUCAAGAAGUCGUUUGUCAAAAAAGUUUUUUUUUCUCACUCGCGCGCCCGUUUAGUUAGAACCGAGAGGACAAAACAGUAACCCAAAAUGUGAUUCUAUUUGUACAUAUUAGCAUCUAAGAAGCGCCCCGCGCGAGGAUUGCUUGAGGAUCGUGAGUUUGUGAGCGAUGAAAAAAAAAACCCGUUGUGGUGUAUGUGAAAGUGUGACAUGAAACGAUUCUUGCUGAGUGAUGAUCAUUGACGAGUACCAAGAGUUGUACAUAUUCUAGUAGAAUGAUUGAGCUUGAAAAAGAGAGCGUUGGACGAAUAGCCGACCAAGUUCAAGUUUGAAACUCGAUGAAGCUUGAACUGUGGACGGCCCCCCAAAAAAUAUGAUAGAACAAACUAUUAAAAAGAGAGUAGUAUAGCAAAGUGCUAACGAAAGAGCGAUGGUUAAAACAAUCAGGGAAUGAAACCUAUUAGUUGUUUGAAUUUGAUCUGAUGGAACUAAUGAUGAGCGUGCACGUGUGCGUGUGAAUGCGACUACAAGAGAAUAAAUCUAAACCGUUGCGAAGAACCGCGUUUGCGUUUUAUACCGAAAGUGAGAUUGCGAGUGAAUGAGAGUGUGCAGAUUACGCGUGAGUCGCCUAGAUCGUCAAGGGAGGAACUGUUGAUAGGCUGUAAGAACACUUUUUUUGUUUACUUUUCGUAGGAUCUUUGUUCAAAUACCUUUUUUUCAAUUUUCCUAGUUGAAAUGCAAUUAUUUAGUCACGCCUAUUUAUUAUUUUGUAUAUCGGAUAACCAAAAACCUUGAAGAGCAAAAAAUAAGAAACCAAGCGUCAAACAUAACACACAGACAGCAUUGAGCAUAAAAAGGUGACGCUUAAAAAAGCAGUACUAAAAAGUACUGAAACUGUCGGAAAAAAAAAAACAAAUAAAACAAGAUAAAAUCAAAUCAUGUGACGAAAGAGAGUCGAAAAAACGAAAGUGAAAGAUUCAAUAAACAUGUAGCGUAGAAUAACAAAACAAAAAAACAAAAUGAUAAUCGAUACCCGCGAUAAGGGGCAAGAAAGAAUGAUGCGCGAAAAGAAAGAGUAUGAUAUAAGUGAGAGAGGAAUACGCGAAGCAGAAAGAAGAGAAACUGUUAAUAAAAUAGUCACUAUGAAAUAAUAUGAUUAAAAAA